AUGGACGCAAUCGCGGCUCUGGAGCAAGCACUUGGUGCAAAUCAGGGUCAAGCUCGCCAGUUGGAGUCUACUUUAUCGAAGCAGCCUGAGUUCAGCUGCGCCAAACUGAAGGCUCGGGUUCCGUUGAGUAGCCGCAAUGGCAUCUUCUUCUAG